AUGAUUGGAAUAUAUAAAGCUGGAAUUACCAUUCCAGAAAUCUUCCGCUCCGAAGGCAUACCUGUCAAAUCUCUUCGCAGUAUAAUAAAAAAGUAUAAGAAAACUGGCUUUGUCAAAGAUAAGCCUCGUUCAGAAAGAUCAAAGUGUCUUGAUUCUAGAGGCAAGCAUCAUUUGGAUAGACUUAUAAGAAGUGAUCAGCGCCAGUCUUUAUUGAAUAUUGCAAGAGAUGUUAGAAAUUUCACUAGUCAUUACAUCUCUGAAAAUACAAGUAAAUGGAAAAGUUUGCUCAUGGAGAAAGGCUGGCAAGAGGCUUCACACAGACUGUGUUCAACAAAAAGAGUUGGACCACUUGCAGUUGUUAAGGGCACCAUAAAUGCAAAAGUUUAUGUGAAGAUUAUGGAAACUGUCUUUAAGUCAUACUACUAUGUUCUAUCAAACAAUGGUACAAAGAUAUAUAUGUUUCAAGAAGAUAAUGUGCCAUCCCAUACUGCAAACAUAUCAAAGAAAUGCAGAAAAGAGCUUGGUCUGGAUGUUCUUGACUGGCCAUCAAGAAGUCCAGAUUUAAGUCCAAUUGAAAAUAUCUGGAAUAUUUAG